GGCUAGUAGAUGGCCUGCUCCCGCCUCUGACCUCACACAAAUUGUCGCCUGGCCUACCGCGUAAAGACUGUACUUUGACUUUGUGGCUGCUUGUUCUCUCCGAUAGCUACUCUGCAAUAUCCGAUCACAUUGACGGGCUCUACUGAACAGCACCUCUUGAGUCAGACACUUGCGCUUCUUGAACGCUAGACGAUUACUGCGCCCUGAUCGCGCGACUUGAAUACAAAGUUCGGUGUAACGAAACAUCACUUAAAGCAGCCGCCACGGUAGCAGCGCUGCGCAGUCAUGUCAGGGACGAGGAACUAUGACUUUCUUAUCAAACUCCUCCUGAUUGGCGACUCUGGAGUUGGCAAAUCAUGCUGUCUUCUACGAUUCAGCGAAGACUCGUUCACGCCGUCAUUUAUCACGACUAUCGGCAUUGAUUUCAAAAUAAGGACAAUUGAGCUGGACGGCAAGCGAGUCAAACUUCAAAUAUGGGACACUGCGGGACAGGAGCGCUUUCGGACUAUCACCACUGCGUACUAUCGGGGCGCCAUGGGCAUCCUGCUUGUCUACGAUGUUACUGACGAGAGAAGCUUCAAUAACAUCAGAACUUGGUUUUCCAACGUUGAGCAACAUGCCACAGAAGGCGUCAACAAAAUCCUUAUCGGCAACAAGUGUGAUUGGGAAGAGAAGCGUGCUGUGUCUACAGAGCAAGGCCAAGCCUUAGCGGAUGAGCUCGGCAUACCGUUCAUGGAAGUGUCUGCAAAGGGUAACAUCAACGUGGAAAAGGCAUUCUACAGUCUCGCCUCAGAUAUCAAGAAGCGACUGGUAGACACCGUGCAGCCACAGCAACAGGCUGGAGGUGCCUCAUCAGUGCCUGUAGGUGGUGCAGCGGGAACUGCUGGAGGUUUGGGUAAGAACUGCUGUUGAACAAGUUGCUGGGAGAAGCCCGCAAGGGAUGUGUGCUUUGAUGUAGUAAUGCUGGGUUGGGAUUGCGCAGCGCUCCAUGAUGUUACCACGAAUAAUUGAAAUCAUCCGACAUUGACAAUCUGAGUUCAAGAGGAGCUCCACUGUAGGUCGCUUUUCGGAAGCGACUCUCUUCGCAACGAUCUGUUAUAAUCACAUAGAAGACCAGUAUGCGAUCUGCAUCUGGAAGGCAUAAUCUCUUCGUAGCUUCCUCCAUCGAACCAGCACGUUCAUACAUAC